AUGGAGCGGUUGUCCUCCUUCAGUCUGCUCCUGCAGAAGUCGGACUGUGCUCUAACGGUGGUGGAGAACUCUGAGGAAGGAGAAGGAGGAGCUGUGGGUUCUGAGGAGAGUCAGGAGGAGGUGACGGAGGUGGUCCAGCCGUCUGAGCAGUGGAAAACACUCUCCCCUGGCCAGGCAGUUCCAGCAGGUUCCCAUGUGAGGCUGAACCUGCAGACAGGUCAGAGGGAGGUGAGACUGGGAGAGGAGCAGCUGAAGUACUGGACAGAGGAGCACAGUGAGAGUGAAAAGUCGUCCAUAAAUCCUGAUGAACUCAAACGCAGCAUGAAAAAGAUCAAACAGGUCCUGAAUCAAGAUUCUGUGUCGUCCAAGUUCCGUCCGAUGGAGGAGUUGAAGAAGGACAUGGCUCAGCUGGACCUCCUGGUGGAGACAGAUGUUCAGAUAAUGAGGCGUCUGCUGGAGCAGUUCAACAACAGCAGUUCCACCACGGAGCAGAGGCUGAAGGUUCUCCUGGAGCUGGAGUAUCUGGUCCACCAGGUGGACAAUGCUCAGAGCCUGUGCUCCCUGGGGGGUCUCCCCCUGGUUCUCCAAGGUCUCAACAGCUCUGACGUCAGACUGCAGGAGAACUCUGCCUUUGUUCUGGGUUCUGCUCUGUCCAGUAACCCCGCGGUGCAGGUGCAGGCGGUGGAGGGUGGAGCUCUGCAGAUGCUGCUGACCGCCCUGGCCACUGCUCAGCCACUCAGAGUGAAAAAGAAGGUUCUGUUUGCUGUGGCCGCCCUUCUACGUCACUUCCCCCACGCACAGCUUCACUUCCUGUCAAAAGGGGGAUUCCAGGUGCUGACAGAACUGUUCCGGGCAGACGCAGGCGGCGUCCUGCGAGCUCGCAUCGUCACCAUGUUAUAUGACAUGAUCAGUGAGAAGGAGCUGAUGUCUCAGUCGGGGUUAGACCUGGUCUCAGAUGAGUCUCACCAGGAGCGUGUACGGCAGUACCACCAAGUACCUGUGGAGGCAGAGCUGCUGGAGAAAGGCUGGUGCGGUCUGGCCCCACAGCUGCUGCAGUCCACUGAGCACGACCACAGGGAGAAGGCGCUGCGGGCUCUGUUGGCCAUGGCCCCCACCUGUUGGCACGUGUACCGCUCAGACACGUCCUUGUUGGGUUCACUGCGCUCCCUACAGGAGCAGUACCACGACAUGGUCCAGUCAGAGAUGAUCAUAGGAGAGGAGAGCAGCUACUACGCAGACAUCUUAGAACUGGUCCAGGCGUUACAGGUCAGAAUGAAAUGACCAAGAACAGAACUGGUGUACGGGGUCAAAGGGGACGAAGACUGUGGUCACCAUGACGAUGACGAUGACGCUGACGUGUUUUUAUACUGUGUUAAUAAAUUAUUUUUUGAUAAACUGA